CCCCCCAGGAGCUGGUGAAGCUGACCCCGGACGCGGCCGAGCGGGAGCGGCUGCGGGGGGCGCUGGACGCCAUGAGGGACCUGGCCCAGUGCGUGAACGAGGUCAAACGGGACAACGAGACCCUCAAGCAGCUCACGAGCAUCCAGCUCUGCCUGCACAACAUGCCGCAGUCCCUGGCGCAGUUCGGGCGCCCCAAGAUCGACGGGGAGCUGAAGGUCUCCAGCGCCGAGAGACGCUCCAAGGUGGACAGGUACGGCUUCCUGCUGGACAAGGCCCUGAUCAUCUGCAAGCGCCGCGGGGACUCCUACGAGACCAAGGACGUGGUGGACCUCCAGAGCCACCAACUGCACGACAGUGACCUCGGACCCCGCGAUGGCAAGAAGUGGUCCCACACCUUCAUGCUGCUGGACAUGGCCGGGCUGCCGGACUACGAGCUCUUCUUCAAGACGCGCGAGCUGAAGAAGAAGUGGCUGGAGCAGUUCGAGAUGGCCCUGUCCAACAUCUUCCCCGAGCACGCCCUGGCUGAUGGACACGACUUCCAGAUGUUCUCCUUCGAGGACACCACAUCCUGCAAGGCCUGCCAGAUGUUGCUGAGGGGCACCUUCUACCAGGGCUAUCGCUGCAGCCGCUGCCGAGCCCCUGCCCACAAGGAGUGCCUGGGGCGCGUGGGGACCUGCGGGAAGGCCGGAACUGAUCCCGGAUCGGGCGCACGGAAGAACAAAUCGCAGCGGCCGGGACCGGACAAGAAACGGGGGGAGCUGGGACUCCCCAAAAUGGAGAGCACCCAGCCCUACAGUGGGGUGCCCCCUCCCCCGGGGGUCCUGGCCCCGCCCCUUCGCCUCAGCCCCGGUGACGUCAUCGAGGUGACAGCGGCCGAGGCCGAGGAGCUCUGGUGGCAGGGUCGGAACGUGGCCAGCGGGGAGCUGGGCUGGUUCCCCAGCAACGCCGUCAAACCUUUCGUGGCCGCGCCGCUGCCGGAUCUCUCCGUCUAUCCCUGGUUCGGGGGUCCCCUGGAGCGCGCGGGGGCCGAGCAGGCGCUGUCCCCCCGCUCCGACGGCGCCUUCCUGGUGCGGCAGCGGCUGCGGGAGCCCGGGGACUUCGCCAUCAGCGUCAAGUUCCGCGGGCAGGUGAAGCACAUCAAGGUGACGGCGAGCGAGGGGCUCUACAGAGUGACCGAGAGGAAAGCGUUCCGGGGGCUCGUGGAGCUGGUGGAGUUCUACGGGCGGAACUCGCUGCGGGAUUGCUUCAAGGGGCUGGACACGACCCUGGCCCUGCCCUACCGGGACCCCCAGAGCCGCGCGGGACCCCGCGAGCCCCGUGCCACCCGCACUUUCGGCUCGGCCAAGGCCCGUUACGCCUUCAGCGCGCGGGACAGGACAGAGCUGUCCCUGCGCGAAGGGGACAUCGUGCGCGUCCUCAGCAAGAGGGGACAGCCCGGCUGGUGGAAGGGCGAGAUCUACGGCCGGGUCGGGUGGUUUCCCGCCAAUUACGUGGACGAGGAUUUUUCCGAUUAUUGCUGAUUUUGGGGCCACUCCCGAUGUCCCCAAGGAUGUCCCCAAGGACGUCCCCAACGAUGUCCCCCAUGAUGUCCCCAAUCAUGUCCCCAAGGACAGCCCCCCCAUGAUGUCCCCAAGGAUGUCACCAAGGAUGUCACCAAGGACACUCCCAGUGA